AUGGUGGCCGUUGAAUGCCCCGGAAAGCCAAGUUUCGCGUUUCCCGCUUUGUUCCGAGACGAUCUGCUCAAAUCCGAAUUUUGGGGAGGGUUUCGGGCUAGCAGCAUGUGGUGGGCCGAUUUCGAUAUGUACCAAUGCAAUUUAAACCUCUUGUUUUCCAAUUCUUUCUCCCAAGCUCCCAUUCUCCCCAUGCACACCAUUUGGAUUAAUCUGUUAGUGGCCGUCGCGGCCUGCCGCAGCGUCCUUGCUAUGGACAUGGAAGCACACGGCCACACCACCUCUACGCUUUCUGCCCCCCUUGACCUCAGCACUGUGGUCCCCGUUGCACACGAGGCCCACCACAUGCACGGUGUGCCUAUCCUCGAGACGGAACUGACUCCAGCGGAGAGAUUGUUCUGGGAGGCCUACAACACCACGUCCUACUUUACUGUCGACACCCCAUACAAGUCGCAAUUGUACGUCCAUCUCGGCCUCGUCUACGCCGCCUACGUCCUGGUGUACCCGCUUGUGCUUGUUCUGCGCAACGUCAACUCGAAGUGGUUUCUGCCAUUGUUGACCGUCCAGUCCGCCAUGGUGAUUGCCUCGCUCUUCUGCUACUCGCUCUUCAUCAGCAACGCGCCGGAGCUGUACCCGAACAACGCCUACUCGAAAAUGAGCACUGGCCUGUUCCUCCUCGUCAUCAUCCACCUGUUCAGCUCGUUUGUCUACACAGCCAAGAAAUGGCUCGAGGGCCCUUCGCCGGCCACGCACGCGCCAUUACCGGGUAAAGAUAUCCCAAUGAGCGAGCUGAACGGGUUCGCGUCGCCGUCGAGCACGCUGUACGAGUCGGACGACCGUCUGCAGCGUCUGAGCGCCGACUCGUUCGAUCUCGAGGACCCGGGCUCGUCCACGCUGAACAGCCAGCACUCGGUGGCCGCCCCCACGCAGAAACGCGACUUUGUGCUCGCCAGACUGUUCCAACUUGGCCCCGUCGCCAAACUCGUGUCGGUCUUCGGACUGGCCUCGACGUUUAAUUUCCACGUCCUUAAUUACGGUAUGCUGGCCUACUUUUUAGUCUACGCUCCAACGGGCGUCGCUGUGCUCAGCUGCAUCGGCAUGGGCAAUCACGUGUUCAACCUGCUGGCGCACUUCAUCAAAGGCGGCGUUUUCUUCACACUGGGAAUCAUCUCGCUGGCCAGAUACUGCGGCGCCUGGACCAAGCUCGGUUGGGCCUGGAACAAGUCGUAUAUCCUGCCUCUUGAGAAGCGCACGUCGCUCCUGUACAGGCUCCAGCCCAAAAACAGCAUGAUCACCAUGGAAAUGGUGGAGAGCUCGCUGAUCCUGUUCUACGGUUGCACGAACGUGUUUCUGGAGCAUCUGGCUGCUCCAGGCGGCCCAUGGACGGCCAAGGACCUGCAGCACGUGUCGAUCGCUUUCCUGUUCAUCGGCGCCGGCCUCUGCGGCGUGGUGGCCGAGCUGAAGCUCGCCGACUGGCGCCUGGAGAAGUUCUAUUCUCAGGUCGGCUCAGACUUCCAGGUCCAGAGCUACCGGCCUGCUCACGUGACCCCAGGAUUCAGUCCUAAUCCGUUCCCAGCCUUCACGAUUUUCUGGACCGGGCUGCUGAUGUCGCAGCACCAGCAGGCCUCCCAGCUGUCCAUGAUCAUCCACGUGCAGUGGGGAUCACUUCUGACCUACGGGUCCGUGGUCCGGUUGGUGACCUUCCUGCUAAUGACCUUCUUCCCAAAGAGCCAGUCGUUCCAGCCAUCCAGGCCGUUCACAGAGCUGCUCACCUCCUUCUGUUUGCUCUGCGGAGGCCUUGUCUUCAUGGAGAGCACGGACCCUGUCGUCAUGGCGCUCGAGUACAGAGGCUGGACCCCAAUGUUCACAAUGAACUUGAGCGUGGGCACGGUUUCGCUGCUGAUGGCUUGGGUCAUGUGUGUGUUCUCUAUAAGAGACCGGCUCAAAACCGGCUCGCACUAA